CACACCUUUUUUUUCUCUUCCUUAAUAUAUCUCAGCCCCAAUUCUGACUGCUGUUCUGUUACCCAUCUUCUAAUGUCCCGGGUAGAAGGAAUCCUGGGUUGGAGCUACUGCUGGAUGAUUUUGGUUUUGGUUUUGGCUGUUUGGUUUGUUGGUUUCUGGAAGGGAAUCUGACACAACAGUUUGUUGCUUUGUUUUUAUUUUUGGUUUGCUUUUUUCCCUCAUCUUUGCCUGAGGAGCUGUGCCAAGUCCUCAUAUCAAGUACAGAACAUGCUUUUCCUCCUGCCAAUGCUGAGCCUGGGAUUGCAGCUUCAUCAGACAGAAGCUUUAUUCACAGUGACAGUCCCUAAGGAGCUGUACAUAGUGGACUAUGGCAGCAAUGUGACCCUGGAGUGUGAUUUUGACACCGGAGGCCAAGUGAAACUUGAAGAAAUAAAAGCCGUUUUGCAAAAGGUAGAAAACGAUACAGCCUUGCCUGCGGAAAGAGCCACUUUGCUGGAGGAGCAGCUGCCCCUGGGGAAGGCCAUAUUCCACAUCCCUCACGUCCAAGUGAGGGACGCAGGGCAGUACCACUGCCUGAUCAUCUAUGGGGUUGCCUGGGACUACAAGUACCUGACUCUGAAAGUCAGAGCUUCCUACAAGAAAAUAAACACCCAUGUCCUGAAGGUCCCAGGAACAGAUGAAGUAGAGCUCAUCUGCCAGGCUGAAGGUUAUCCCCUGGCAGAAGCAUCCUGGCCAAACGUCAGUGUUCCUGCCAAUACCAGCCACAUCAAGACCCCUGAAGGCCUCUACCAGGUCACCAGUGUUCUGCGCCUAAAGCCCCAUCCUGGAAGAAACUUCAGUUGUGUGUUCUGGAAUGCUAAUGUAAACGCCAUUUCAGCUGUUUUUGACGCUAAAAGUUGGAUAGAACCCGUGCCACCUACAACUUCGCUGCUUCACAUUCUCAUCCCUUCCUGCACUAUUGCUUUAAUUUUCAUAACCACAAUGAUAGUCCUAAGAAAACGGCUCUGCCAUAAGCUGUAUUCUGGGAAAGACAUAAGAGUAAGAUCUGUCACCGCAAUAAAGAGGGAAGCAAAUACAGCUAUCUGAACCUGUGGUAUUAGGAGCCUGGGUGACCUGAUAGACUAUCCUCAGGAGGCUUCUGGUCUCUGAAGAAGAAUCCAUUGGCCUGAAGAGCUUGCCAUUUUCACUUUUCAAGUGCCUUUGGAUGACCCAGCACUUUAAUCUGGAGCCUGUGACAAGACUAGGCAGCCCAGCCGCUGCGUGCACAGAAUUCAAGCAGCCUGCCCUUUGACCCUAGCUCAUACCUCUGCAGCCUGUGGCCCUGAGCAUGCACUGUUGCACUUUAGAAAAUUACCCCGCUGCAUCCAGGACCCCAGUGAGGGUCUAGAGGCUCUUUCUUGCUGCCAGACUGAAAACAAAGGGAAUUAUUUACCCCUAAAUUUCCAAAGUGAUUUCCAGAAGCCAAGAUAUAUGGAAAUUUCUAGUUACAUUAACAGACAGGUUGUCAAUUGUUAUUUCUUAAUCUAUAAUUUCCUCUGGAUACCAGAAGAGCCUAUUGUGACUAAAGGUCACAGACAGGGCUUAUUUCAGACUUGAGCCAUGAUGUUUUUUAUGGCUUGCUGGAAAUCUUGGUAGCAUCUGAAGUUGUUCUCAUUAACAGAAAGCAUUUAAGUACACAUCAAGUGUGCAAAUCGUGGGGUAAAGACAUCAGCAUUUUGUGUUGUUGUUGAGGUAUACAUCACAAAGCAUUUGUUUUAAACUGGGCUGAAAUGAUACCUAAUGAUAUUUUUUGUUUUUAACUACAUCUUUCCUUUAAAAAUUCUUAUCUGUUUAACCUUAGAAAUCAGUGAUGUAUUUCAAAAUAUAUACUUCAUAAAUAUUUGUCAUGCAAAUAUGCUGUGUCUGCAGAGAUUUCAGAUGAGAAGCUACAAUGGUCAAAGCCCCAAACUAAGGUUCCUUUUCUGGUUCUCUAUAUAACUUUAAACUUAACCUUUCUGUGCCUCAGUUUCCACAUCUGUGAUAUGGUGAUGCUGACUAGUCAAGGCUUUUGAUGGCUGGCAGUAUGGAAAUCCCUACAAGAUCCCACUUGUAGGCCAUCCUCAAGCCCAAAAGAGAAGGUGAAGGGAGCAGCUACCAGAACCCUGGUGAUAAUGGCAGAAGAUGGUAAAUGGGCUACCACAUAAUAGCUGUGAGUUCUUCAAGUGAUUGGAAUAAAUCAUCCUGCUCAUCAAUGACCUUUCCUUCUUUGGUUUUUCAAACCAGUCAGUCAUAAGGCCUGGAAAUAAUGCCACUGAAGGACCACAAGGUCACAUAUGGCCUUAAGGCCGGCCACAGGUUCCCCAAACCGGUUCUAGACUACCAAAUAGCAAGAGGGCGAAUCAGCUCCAGGAUCCUGAAACCUGGGGUUUGUCCAGGCCGGGAGGCAGUGGGGUGGGGGAAGGAGGAAGGGAGCUUAAGGCAUCAUGUCUUAGCUUGAGAAAUGUUCUAUACUAUAGCAUGCCAUCUUAAAAUUUUAUUUUAACAUUUAUCAAGUACUUACCGUAUGCUCAAUAGUUAACCUUUUUGUACAUACUAUUGUAAUUUGGAAUGAAUCCUUUGAAAACCUUCUGGAAAAGGCACUACUAAUGUCUCCAUUUUACAGAUAAGAAAAUUGAGGCACAGAGAGGUUAAGUACUUCAAUUAAGGUUGCCUGUUCUAUCUGAAAGCGACAGUUCUAGGGCAACGAACCCAUAUUCAUUACACCCUAUAAUGUGCCCUGCUUUCCUACCAGAUGGGACUUUAUGGUAGGAUUUGACAGGUUACAUGCACUCUUGUGGGCUCUUUGCUGGUCAAGGAUUAAUUGUAUUUUUACUUUUUCUGGGGCGGUGCUCUAGGAGGGAGGGGGGAGUACAGAUGCUGGCAUCAGAGAUUCAAACCUCAGCCCAACUAUGUAUGAGUUGCACAACUUCAUAUGUACCAGUUGAUCUCUCUAAGCAUGUUUCCAUACCUAAAAAAAUAAAUAAAAUAGGUAGAUUGCACAUUCAUUUAUCAGGCCUGUAGUAUGUGUAGCACAUGGUAAAUAAAGUCUCACUGAUAUUCCCCCUGUGUACCAACCACUAUCCCUUGCUAAAUACGGAAUGCCCAGGGAAUUAUCAAGCCCAUGUAUCUGAAGGAGAUUUCUCCCAGGGGAGCCCUGAGGUGUGCUCUCUGAGAAAUUUCUAGCCUAAUUAUAUCAGAUGGAGUUUAUGCCCCAGAGCUCUCCUUGUUCAUCCUCCAGCAAGGUCAAAGUGCUCACCAGUCCUCAAGUAUGCCUUAUACUGACCCCUCCACCCAGAGUACCUCCUGUCUGGGCCCUCAAUCCUCCCAAGCAAAAUCUUGUGCAUGCUACAGACACCAGCUCUGCCAGGAAAUAUU